ACCACUCAGCCUGUUUACUCCACAGUCGUAACUUCCACCUAAGGAGUUAAGGAAUUAUCGUAUAUUCUUAUGUAAUUCUUCUUUUCUAGCUCAGUCACUGAAAUACAUCAUGUCGUGCAAUUCUUGUGGGGAAUCUGACAUGUCUGAAAUACUCUGUGGUCAUUAUAACCUAGAAGAUGGCUUAAUUUGUUUUAGAUAUGGUGAAGUGGACGCCUGGAAAAAAGCAAAAGACCCUAUCGUUUGCAUUAUUACGGACUACUUUAAUGAAUACUUGACAGCUGAAUACAGAGGCCCUAAUGAUGUAAAUGUGGAGUUUCUAGAAACAAAAAAUUCUCUUAAAGAAAACACAGAACAAAAAAUCUUUAUGCUUGAAAAGUACAAAACAACAGUUUCACUUCCAGGGCUUUCCGUGGUAUUCACUGUCUCCUUUCAAGAGAAAAAAUUCCACUUGUAUUGCACAUUAGAAAAGGAGAUUACUUUUAAGCCUGGACAAGGACCAAUUCGAAUAGAAGGAAACAAGAGUGAUGUUAUUUUUGUUGCAAGAAUGUUCAGUGAGGGUCACAACGAUGCCUACAAGUUUGAGUCAUCACUACACAAGGACCACUUUUUGGCUGCCAAAGAAGAAAAUGGUAAACGGGUACUUUACCUCAAACUCUGCCCUACUGAUGUAGUAGAUGAAUCUGUAAGGUUACAUGUGCAUUUACAAAACUGAACCACCUGAAUCCAGCAGCAUGCAUGUGCACCACCAAUGUGGUGUAAUCAACAGACUUCUGCCAUUCCAUGUAUUUCUGUAAUUAAGUCAAUCUUCAGACCAGUAGUGUACUUAGGUUUUGUGCAGGGCUCAAGUCCUGCGGGAACGCGUGGGAACGGCGUCCCUGCACUUUUUUCACAGCAGGAACGCGGUUCCCU